GCUAUUGUGGCGUUCAAACUUAUUAUCAAGUGCAACAGUACAUAUCCUCAACAAAACGAUGUUCAACCUGGAAGAUUUGUUCCAGCUCCAGUGGUGAUUAUAUAUAGUGUGAAUGUUUGUUGAGAUUUUUGCAAAGCUGAUGAUUCCUUUCUGUGCAUACAGGCGCACUUUCCUCAUGCGAAUACUCAGCCUCCUCCCGUGUCGGAGCAGUACCUGCAGCCACCAACUCUGGCUUCUCAUCUGUACCAAGGGACUGAUUAUCAACGUGCUACUGGAUACGGAGCCACUCCAAUGCAAACAACGGUUCCUACAGUUUUCACGCCACUCAGUAAUUCCUCACAACCUCCUAGUCCUGCUCCUAUACAGCCACUUGCUGCUCCCCCGCCAACUCUACACACUGUCGAUACAUCAAACGUACCUGCGUCACAGAAGGCAGUCAUCACUACUUUAACAAGACUUUACAAUGAGGUAACCGAGGCAUUGGGAGGAGCGCCAGCUAAGAAACAGGAAAUAGAAGACAACUCAAGGAAGCUGGGAGCCUUGUAUGCAAAGUUCAACAGUGGAGACAUAUCAAAAAAUGCUGCAGAGAAGCUCAUACAAUUAUGUCAGGCACUCGACAAGGGUGACUAUGGCAAUGCCCUCCAAAUCCAGGUUCUUCUCACGACGAGUGAUUGGGAUUGGGAUUGGGAUGAAUGCAACUUUUGGCUAUCAACACUCAAAAGAAUGAUGAAGACAAGGCAAAACUUGAGAUAGCUCACACAAAUUCCUAUUUACCAUCAUCUUUUAUGGCUUUACCGGCUUGAUACAUACAUGCAUACGUACAUACAUAUCAACCUCACUCUAAGCGCAUCAGAGCAUAUUGCUGUUUGGAUCUGGAGAAUUGUACUUUUUUGGUUAAAUGUAAUAAAAGAAAUAUUUGUGCAUAGACAAUA